AAGCAUAUAAUAUAAGAUUUGAAGUGAAGAAGAAGAAUAUUAGAGAGAAUAAUGUCAGGGGCACAAGGAGCACAACCAAAAGAGUCAAAGACAGCAACAACAUAUGAAUCAAUAGAAGGAGGACAGAAUCGUACAAGAACUGAUUUGCUUUCGAAGGAAGAUCAAGGAGGCAUUCAAGUUGAUAAGCUUCAAGAGAAGGUCCAUGAUCCUGCUGGAAAAGGUGGUCCUGUUUUUGGUGCUGGUAGAGAUGAAAAUAAGAAAGACCUUGGAGUCACAGGCACUGGCUAGUUCUUUUCUGUUCUUUUUGUUCUUGUAAAUGGGACUGUAGUUUGUGGAAUAAAAAGGAAUAAGUUGUGGUUGAUGAUGUAAAUUGCUAUAAAUUUGUCUUGGUGUAUGUUUCUAUUCUCGUUUUAUUUUACAUCAACUUUCUUUCGUUAA